GAAGGUCCGGUGGCGCAUCGGCACAGCCCCCUCCCCCACUCACCAUGAGCAUCUAUGGCAUUAACAGAAAACAGCACUAUGUCAAGAACUCUGGGGGUAUACUUGGUGAAAAUGAAUUAAGACCACCCACCCAACUACAUUCUCUCUUAGAGAAGACCAGGACAGGGUUCAUAUCAGAAAACAUUUUUGAGACAGUGUCCUUGAGUUCAGACUCUCUCUUCCAGAGGGCAGUUUCAAUUCUCCAUACUUCUUACUUGGACUCUGCAUCUGAGCAUGGUUUUCAAUACAGUCAAGUGACUUUGGUGAAAAAUGACAUUUUCUUAAAUGAGUACAAAACUUUUUACCAAGAAAAAAAAGCAAGUAACUACACUCAGGAAGAACUUCAAGAAACUUACGGGUUUCUUCUGUUUGAAAGUGAAAAUCAGGCAAAAUUGGUAUGUCAGCGUGGACUCUGUAUUGGCAGCAGUGCUAUUACCACUCUGGGUGACCCAGCAAAAGGUGUAUACAUUUCCAAAUACUCAGACUAUCUUCAUGCAAGACCAUGGUAUCAUGGGAAGUCUGGUUAUAUUAUAAUUUUUAAUCUAAUUAAGGGGAAAAUCAAGUUUGUGUCUGAGAAUUAUACAACUAACUAUAUUAGCCCAUCUUCUGGCUAUGAUUGCCAUGUGGCUGCAAAUACUAACAAGGUUUCUCACAAGACGAGUCAUUUUCGCGCCUUUGAACUGAGUCAGUAUUACCUGUAUGAGCUUUCAGGCACCACUGUUAUUGAGCGACCUAGACAGAUUAAUCCUUACGUAAUUGUAGCUUUUCAGUACAAGGAACCUAAAAAGAUGGCGGCACCAGCUCAUAAAAGCAUACUUGAACUCAGUGAAAAUGUUCUCAUCUCCCCAUGGAAAGGGAAAUUAAUUAUUAAAGGCUGUCUGCUGUGUGACAUAACUCUUUUGUCCUCUUAUGGUACAGUGGUUCCCACCCAGCUACCACAUGAACUAGAUUUUAAGUAUGUAAUGAAAGUGUCGUCUCUGAAAAAAAGACUACCAGAAGCUAUCUUUAGAAAACAGAAUUACUUGGAGCAAAAAGUGUGUUGCCAAGAUAUGUACUUCAAUAUGUAUGAGGUGGAAUUGUCAAACAAACAAGGGGACAAAAUAGAUAAACUAACCGAAGUCAUUAAAAAUAAGCAAUUGGCACUCAUCAAAUGCUUAGAAGAUAGAGAGGUUUUCAUUUUACUUACAUCAUCAGCCUUCAUUUCAGAAACAAAUUUUGAAGAUGAGGAGAUGGCUCUACAUGGAUUACAUUUAUUCCAUUCAUCCUUGUCAGCAGGGCUGAAAGACUUGAAAGUUGAAGAUGACAUCUCAUUGAAGGUGAUACCUAUUUUACCUGCCCUUAAUUGUGCACUGCUAGAAGCAAGGAAAUCAUGUACUGAAGAAGGAAUCUGUCUAAAUACAUUAGUAAAGCAUAAUUUCCAAGAAUUGUACAAGAUGGAGAGAAAUUCAUUGACAACUUCUUCUCAGGAUGGAGUAAAAGAGACUGCAUUCUUUGGCAAAAUGUCCAAUGGUUUUGACUUUGUUUUUCCAGCUGAAAAGUGCCCUGUACAGUCUUUAACUCAGUUGAAGUCUUAUUUUUCAGAUCCUAAUGGGUACAUUUUGGAAGUAUCUACAGUGUUAGAUUUAUUGGCAGAGCGUCCACAGUCUCCUUGUGUUUCAGAUGGAAUUUGUGAUGCUGGAUUUUCUUUAGUUAUGACUCCAGAUCCUGAAUUUCUUGACUCAGAGGCAGAAGUAAGAAGAGAAAGUGAAACAAAAAAGAAUGCUGAAGAAAUGUUUAAAGCUAGGAAGAGAAAUAUAGUUCCAUUAAAUCCAGCAUCAAAUCUGAGAGUUCAGCCAAAGAGGAAGGCCAGCAUGCCACCUGCGGUGCAGAGUAAAAGAGUGAACUUGUGCUGUCCCUUCCCCAAAAGAACUCCUGCUAGAGCAAAUAGGAGUUCAGCCCCUGCAACAACUCUCAAAUUAGUUAAAGGACAGUUUCCUCAGAAAAGAAAAAGAGGUGCUGAAGUGCUGACUGCACAGUUUGUACAGACGACCAAAUUGGAUAGGAAACCCCAAGAAGCUCUUAUUUCUAAAGAUGUUCCAGUUUCAACGACGGCUAAAAGGGCAAGGAAACAAGAGAAAUCUCCAGUCAAAACUGUUCCGAGGGCUAAACCACCUGUGAAGAAAUCUCCACAAAAACAGAGGGUAAAUAUAGUAAAAGGCAAUCAGAAUCCCAGAAUCAGAAAGCAGCCACAACCUGCCAAAGGAGAAACUGCUUCACAGCUUCAAUCAAAACUUUCAUUAUGUGGGCAAGAAGAUGUUAUUGGCAUAAAUACAGCUCAACCAGAAAACAUCACAGUGGCUCAGAAAGCUCCAGCUGAGAAUUCCAUUGUCAACUGUGACUCCCAGGCCCUAAAUCUGUUAGCUGAUCUCGCAUUAAGCGCUGCUACCUCUGCCACACCACCAUCUGAGCCCAGAAACCUUCCUUGCUCUUCUGAAUUGCCACAAAGCAAUGUUUUGCUUUCUAAAGAACAUUCUCUGAGCAAUACAUCUGACCAUGAAUAUCAUAGAGGAGUUAAAAGUAGAAAAGGUAGAGUGUUACCUAAGCCCUCCUCUGAUAAGAAUAAUCUGACAUCAGACUCAACUCUCAGCCAAGAGGAAGAGAGCUUGGUUCCUGACAGUCAGACCCCUGUUGAAGCCCAGUCGGCACUUCCUGAGGAAACAAUGGAAACUUCAGAUGCAAGCCAAAGUUCUUCUGUUGCAGUGGAACAUUCCUAUGCCCUACUCCUUGCAGAACAUUCAAAGAAGGUGCUACAGCAGAGAGGGUUACCAGGCCCUGCCUUCACCAAGAAUGGCACAAAAGGCCCUGAAGCAGGAACCCCAGUGGGAAAAGUAAUGCCAUUUCGGCAUCAGCUGAGCACCUCCCCUAUUCAAAAGCUUCCUGAGGACCCAGUACUCAAGCGCAGGAGCAGAUUGCUGUCUUCCGGCUUGAGAGACUUUCACUGCUCUCGUACUGUGUUCAGCUGUGACGGCUCCUUUAAGGUCACUUUCAAAUGUGAAACAAACUAUGUAUUCAGCUUAGACAGCAAAUAUACCAACAACCCUCUGGAGAAAACUGUACUAAGAGCAUUACAUGGGCCCUGGAACACUGAUUUACCUGAUAACGUGGAAGAAGUGAAGCUUUUACUUCAUAUGUGGGUGGCUUUGUUUUACAGCAAUCAAAACAGAGUCAUACGAUCAUCCCGAAAAGUAGUAGAACACAGCAACCCUGCCAAAUAUGUGUCUAUCAAUACCACAAUAGAAUCUUUUCAAUUUAGUGAAAUUGAGGAGUCCCCCAGUGUGGAAAGGUGUUCUGUAGGCCCUUUGUUGGAGACAGAGGAAACUCCCAGAGGUCAUAGUGCUGAAGUGUCCUUCCCUGACACUAACUCCUUGCUUCCUUUUAUUAAACCACCACCUGCAAGAGGCUUGGAACUCUGGGUACAGAAUGAACAGAAAGAAGUUUUUGUAAGAGAGGAUCAUCCAGAUACUCCAGAAAAGCAGAAUUUCAUCUAUUCUUGUAAUAAUGAGAUCAUUGAGGGGAAAUCCAAACAAGAGUCAUCAGAUAAAACAGAGACUUCUAAUCUUAUGCUCUCUAGUACUGGAAGUAUCCAAAUUAAUGGACCUUCUAUUCCUAGUGAAGAUAAAACCUUUGAGCCACUUGAUAGCACAAGAGUGACUUCUUUUGAUACAGUCACACAAACGACAUUCACCAAGACUUGUGAUGGGAUCAGCAGUCAGUCAGUGAUUUGUCAAAAAUCUGCGUAUAGCACCCCUGAAAGCAAAGUCGAUAAUUUCCAUGCAACAAUGCAAGCAAAAACAAGUGGUUUACAGGCCCUUAUCGAGCAUAGCAGCCCCCAGAACAAAGAAUGUCAGCCUUCACAGGAAAAGAAAGGUGAUAUGGGGUAUGUAAUGAUUAAUCUGGAACCAGUUACUCUCACUUUUGAAAAAAAUGCAUGUAUACCAAUACAGGCAGAAAUUGCAAAUAGAGCUGAUAAACCUACAGUUGUAUCACCUGCUACAAGUCUUAGACUUCCUAUAUCCACAUUUGAAAAGGUACAAACACAAGGUCUUAAGGACAUUCUGUCUCUAGCAAUGUCAGGAGAAAAAGGCACUAAGUACCUUUGUGCCUCCUCAGUGAGUGGAGAGACACUAGCUAAUAAUGAAAUACGUUUAUUACAGAAAGAGAUUCCUAUUCCAGGCUCAUCAUUGCUAUCUGAUAAUUCAUUGGAAAAGGAGACAUUACCAUCAGUUAAAAGUUCUAAUUCUUCAUUACCCAGAGAAGAAAUGAAACUCUCUCAAGAACUUUUUCUGCAACCUAAGAGUCUCUUAAGCAUAUCUUCGGAGAUUUUGGAGCCAUCACAGAUUGAAGAAACCUCACCAUCAGCCUCUGCCAUGUUGGAAAAAAAUUACUCACUUAGCUGCAUUCCAUCAAGAAGUAAUACAUCAAAUGGCUCUUUAGAAUUAAAGAGUGACAAGAGUGGUCUAAACAGUGAAAAUAGGAAUUUUGAAUCAUUUAAGUACACAUUUGCUAAACAAACCAGCCUAUCUAUAAAUGGAGAGGAGGUAAGCCUAGAGUUAGAGGAAGAUUCUGACAUUGACCUAGCUCUCACAAUAUCACCACCUACAAGUCCCAGAGAAGAAAUGCCAGCUGGUGAAACAGAGCAACAUCAGGAGGCCCCAUUAUCCAAUUUAGAACUCCAGGAUAUAGAUGAAGACAUAAUUAACCCACAAGAGAUGACUUUCAUAGAAAACAGAGAAGUGAAUUCUGCUAAAUAUACUUCUGCCCUUGAGCUCACAGAGGAAGUCAAUGUUACCUCAGACUUUCCCUUUGGUUCUUUAAUUGAAGAAGUGUCACCAGCUUCUAGUCCUGACCCCCAGAUACCAGUUGAAGAAACACAACCUUCUCGGGAUGUGUCUCUAUGUAGUUUAAAACAUCCUGAUGCACAGAGUGGGAAAAGCGACAAACUCUCCCACAUUGAGUCGGUAGAUUUGGCCAUAACAGAAAAAGGAAAUUCUUUUGGUCCUAUCCAUCCAAUGGAACAAAAUAACCUAGCUCGGGUACGACAAAUACAACUUCCUGCUGAAAUGCCUCUACUAUUAAAUAAUCACCCAGGAAGAAAAGAUAGGGAUGAAACCAUUCUGGGUAAAGUAACUAAGGAAAUUGUCCCAAGUGAACAUGAUGAGGGUUUCUCUUUCUCAGAAAAGGUGCCAUGCUGCAAUACAGGAUUAAACCAACCAGCCUCACCUGGCAGGUACAGAGCUGACUUCAAGACUUCUCUAGGAAAAUUGGUAACAUCAGGAAAUCCAUUGCAGCCGAUUAGUAUAGAAAACAGAAACUCGGGCUUAAAUCACCUUGCCUUGGAGACCAGUGAGCCUCCAUUUAGUCCUAGAAAGAUUUUGGAAAAUAAGUCUUUGGUUGAUACAUUUAUUUCUACGAGUAGUCCAAGUGAUAUAGUGAAUGUAUCGUUAAAUCAGCAGACUAGCCCGAGAAGCAGUGAUUUGAAAAUAAAUGAAGGCAAUUGCAUGCAAGUUCAGUCCUUGAGCUCUGACUUAGUUGAUGGAACUGAUAAUACACAGGCACAUAUGCACUCAGAGAUCCCCAACCUUGCUUUUUCCUCAAGUGCUGCUACUGUAACCCAUUUUAGAAGACCCAUAAACAUAGAGACAGGGUUUCAAACACAGGAAAUAUCAGUAGUCAGAAUGGCCAGUUUGCUUAAGAAUAGUGAAACUGAAGCUGAAUUACAUGAAAACAACAUAGACCUAGGAGGUGUUGACUCGGAAUCAAACACCACAGCUCCAGAAGGCAAACAAAAAACCAUCCAUUUGCUGCAAGAUAUGUCAACAUGCAAAACAAAAGAUACGUUGAAUAAAGGACUUUUCCCCAUGUAUCUAUAUGCUGAUUCUCACCAAAACACAGCAGUCACCAGUGAAAAUGUCAAUAAAGAGCCUUCUGCCUUUUUUGUUCACAAAUCUUGUGCUCCUCUUGUUUGUGAAGUCUCUAAAGAGCAGGUGGAAAAUAAAAGCUCUGGUCAGGGGCUCAGGACUGAGGAGGACUCUGAAAUCCUGGGGGGAGACAUGGAUAUUAGUGUGAAUUCUGACUUCCAUUAUGAACCACUUUCUGGAGACUCUGAUCAAGACUCUUUUGGUGAUUGUAGAAAUCUCAAAUUAGACAUGGAGAAUUCCUGCACUUUGAGAUGUAGUCACAAGAAAGAAGGUGCUUUGAAAGAUGGUUAUGACUCUUUCCUGAGCCUAAACAAUAGUGAUAAUGACGAUUGGGCCUACUCUAACCAUGUUCCAGAGUUGGAGACCAGCAUACCUCCCCGAAACUGGUUUGAUGGAUUAAAGAAAGAUGAUAAGUGUGUGCCAUGUUACAUCCAAAUCAGAGAUCUCCAUGGUAUCCCCAGGACUUACACUAAUUUUACUAUAACUAAAGAGGUCAAAGAUACCAAGAGAACUUUGCACCGCCUGAGGAGGCAGCCCAGUUUCACUGUUAAACAUGGCUUGCUAAGCUCCUGGACAAAUACUUGGCAAAUAGCAGAUAACCUUACUCAGAACACUUUAGAUCUGGAAUAUCUGCGUUUCCAACAGAAACUAAAGCAAAUUGUGAAGAAUGGGGAUUCCCAGCUUUCUCCCUCUUCCACCAAUGACUUUUUGAAGGAACCACCUCUCCAAAUUGCCUCUGAAGCUUUCCCUUUGCCAAAAAUAUCUGAAUCCUCAGUUCUCCAUCCUCCAUCCCGGAGCAAAAGUACCCUCUUGGUAACAAUCAUGCACUCAGACUCCAGGCCACAGAGCCAGCACCCAAGACACCACAGGUCCAGCAAUUUAGACAGUUCUUCCUUUUGGAAGGAAAGAUGUGAUCGCAGGAGAAAUCUUCUUACAAAUUCGGAAAGAAAUCAGACUGUUUCUUUCCACCUCAACAAACUGAAAUAUAACAGUACUUUGAAGGAAUCCCGGAAUGAUAUCUCCCUUAUUCUCAAUGAAUAUGCGGAAUUCAACAAGGUGAUGAUGAAUGGCAAUCAAGUCAGUUUCCGAGAUAAAGAGUCAAAUGUUGGUUCUGGAGAAGCCACAUCUCAAGAGAUGUAUUCAUCUUCCCCAAGAAGGUCAGCCUCCUAUGAAGACAUGAUUACAGACUUGUGUAGCAGUUUGCACGUCAAACUGAAAAGUGUCGUGAAAGAGGCGUGCAAAAGCACCUUUCUGUUUUACCUCGUUGAGACAGAGGACAAGUCAUUCUUUGUGAGAACAAAGAAUAUUCUGAGGAAAGGAGGCCAUACAGAAAUUGAACCUCAGCAUUUCUGUCAAGCUUUUCACAGAGAGAGUGAUACGCUAAUGGUCAUCAUCAAAAAUGAAGAUAUAUCAUCACAUUUGCAUCAAAUUCCUUGUUUGUUGAAGCUGAAGCAUUUUCCCGGUGUCAUCUUCGCUGGAGUAGACAACUCUGAAGAUGUUCUCAAUUACACCUACCAAGAGCUGUUUCGGACUGGAGGCUUUGUGGUAUCAGAUGACAGAAUAUUAGAAACUUUAACAUUAGUUCAACUAAAGGAAAUUGUGAAAGCCCUGGAGAAACUAAAUGGAAAUGGAAGAUGGAAAUGGUUGCUUCACUACAGGGAAAAUAAGAAGCUAAAGGAAGAUGUAAGAGUGGAUUCAAUUGCACAUAAGAAGAAUUUAAUAUUAAAAUCCUACCAGAGUGCAAAUAUCAUUGAAUUGCUUCAUUAUCACCAGUGCGACUCUCGGUCAUCAACCAAAACAGAACAUUUAAAAUGUCUACUAAACCUGCAAAUUCAGCAUAUCCAGGCCAGGUUUGCUGUCUUCCUAACAGAAAAGCCUGUCUCCAGAGAAGUCUUUGAAAAUAGUGGCAUCCUUGUUACAGAUGUAAAUAACUUUAUUGAAAAUAUACAAAAAGUAGCAGCUCCGUUUAGGAGUAGCUAUUGGUAAGAACACUUUUCCUAUAACUCUCCCAUGUCAGCUGGAAUUGAGGGAAGAUACUGACAUUUGUGUCUAUGAGGGAACCAGUUGUUGAAAAACUCUGUUCUUUACCUUAUAUGUUAUCAUGCUAUAAAUUAAAAAUGAUUAUAUAGGUGUGAAAUUCUAAAGUAUCCACUAAUGAAAGAAAUAACCAACCCAAUUACCCAUUUUCUCUGUGAUGUGCAUUUUCACCUGCAGUUCAUCCUGAUCACCAAGACAGAUGAUGUAACCUUUACAAUGCAUAAAAAUUUUCCCAUUAGGUAGCAUACUAUUUAUAAAAUAGUUGUUGGUUAUUUCGUUUUAAAGAUGAAAUUAUUAUCAAUUUUAUUUGACCAGGUUAUUCAACUGUAGCUUGCCUAGACAUCAGUGAUGCCAACAACAAAUUAGUAUUUUCCCUUUUAUUUGAAAAACUUUAAGACACAUUAAAAAAGUCUUCCCCUCUCAUAAUUGAAACAAAUCAAUGUUCUGCAACUUGAGGGAAAAUUCCUUCUUUCAUUUUUUUACAUUUUGUUUAAUCUGGCUUCAUUUACAAUGACACAUUUCACUUUGGGUUGCAGUGUUAAAUUAAGUAUUUAAUUUAAAGCUAUCAAUUGAAUUUACAGUUAAAAAUAAUUUUAUAAACAUGUUUACUCAGUU